AUGUCUGCCAAGUACAUUGCCGCCCUCCCCGUCCUGGCCACCCUGGUCGCCGGCCACGGCUACAUCUCCAAGCCCCAGGCCCGCAUGCCCGGCGAUGCCAUGGCUGCCGCUUGCGGCCAGCAGGUCUACACCAACCAGCAGUCGGACCACUACGGCAACGUCCAGGGCGAGCUCCAGGUCGCCAGCUCCCAGAGCGACUACGAUGCCGCCGCCUGCGACAUCUGGCUCUGCAAGGGCUACAAGUUCGACGACAACAAGGACAACGUCCAGACCUACACUGCCGGCCAGGAAGUCGCCUUCACCGCCGAGAUCCACGCCCCCCACACCGGUGUUGCCAACGUCUCCAUCGUCGACACUGCCUCCAACAGCGUCAUCGGCUCCGCCCUGAAGAGCUGGGACGUCUACGCCUCGACCGCCACCGGCGUCAAGGACACCGACACCUCCUUCAGCAUCACCAUGCCCUCCGACCUUGGCGACCAGUGCGCCACCGCUGGCGACUGCGUCAUCCAGUGGUACUGGUUCGCCGAGGACAUCGACCAGACCUACGAGGCCUGCGUCGACUUCACCAUGAGCGGCUCCGGUUCCGGCUCGUCCUCUUCCGGCUCCAGCUCUGCUGCCGCCUCCUCGGCCGCCUCGGCCACCUCCAAGGUCGCCGUCGCCGCUGCCGCCACCCCCUCGUCCACCCUGGCCACCUCGGCCGCCGCCGCCACCGCCCCGGCCACCACCGCCGCCUCUUCCUCGUCGGACAGCCAGCUCGCCCAGCAGAUCGCCGCCGCCUUCCCCUCCAGCGUCCUGACCCAGACCCUGCCCGCCACCGCCACCGGCUCUGCCAGCGUCAUCCCCGAGUCGUCGCUGCCCGAGGGCACCACCGUCCAGGACCUCGUUGACUGGUUCGCCGAGCUCGUCUCCAGCAUCGAGUCUUCUUCCUCCAAGAAGGCCCGCCGCCACGCCCGUGACCUCCGCGCUUAA